ACCAGCGCUGCUACGAGUGCGGCUGCUGCGAGUGCUGUGGGGAUGCUGGUGAGGCGGUGGUGCAACCCGCCGCCAUGAUUGCCCUCCCCAUCAGCUCCGCCUACCCCUGCAUCGUGGCGCCACACCCCGCUCCACCCCCACCCGCGCCCUCGGCGCUGUCGACGCUAUCGUCAUCGCUGUCCCUGUCGCGACCUUUGGCAUUCUCCGCCGCCUCCUCGUCUUCUGCCGCCGUCGCCGCUGCUGCACCGCCCAUGCGGUCUUCAUCCAUGCGGCUCACGUCAUCCAGCCUAUCCUCACGCUGCUGUGCGCCCUCCUCCUCAUCCCAGCUAGUGUCGACGUCAACGACAGCGGCAACGACAGCAACCCGGAAGCCACCGCGGCCGCAGCCGCUGCCGCCGUCCUCCUCCUCAGCCUCAUCAUCCUCACGGCAGCAGCAUGACAGCACGGGUAAGCAUGCUGCUGCUGCUGCUGACGGCGGCAGUAGCAAUAGUGGCGGCGGCGGCAAUGGCGGUAAAGCCGGUGGCGGCAUGCAGCGAUCUAGCAGCUCUCCCAUGCUGCUGAGAUCCUCAGCAGGAGUAAGAGACGACGCCCUAUCCGGGGUAGCCGGCGGUGUUGGAGGCGGUAAGGAAGCAGGCAGCUGCGGUGAAGGUGGCAGCUUGGCUACUGGCCGCCACCACCGCCACCGCCGUCACCGCCACUCCUCGCAACUUGAGGCGCACCUCUGCCGCCACCACUGCCGCAACUGCAAGCACCGUCACAACCACCAUCAAGAGCGGCAGUUGCAACGACAGCAACAACCGCUGUACAGCAGCGUGCCGUACAACCAGACUAGACACGGGCCCCGGCAUCAUCAUCCCACAUCUGCGGCGUCGGCUUCUGUUUUGGGCAACGGCAACAGCGGCAGCGGUCACCACAUUGGAGGUAUCCCCGGAUGCGGCCAUGCCCCCCACACCCUUCAUAGCUCCGCCUCUUUCUCGGCCUCCUCUUCGUUCAUGCGAGGCAGCGGCGGCGGCGGCAUUGGUGGCAGCAGCAGUAGCGGCAGCGGCUUCCUGUUUAGCAACGCCGGCAGGCAUGGCAGCGGGGGAAAAUCAGGCAACCCGAGCAGCAGCAACAGCCGCAGCGGCGGCGAUUACGCACUGUCAAGCCGCGUCCGACUGGGUUUAUUCAUCAUGCUGCUUCCUGUGCUGCUCUCCCUCUGGCUGUGCAUGGUGGCCUGGCUGGCUGGAAUCUGGAUCCACCACUAUGCCGUACUGCUGACCGUACGGCCGGAUCGCAGCUGGGAUGUACGACUGAGAUCCAGGAGCGAUGCGGGAUCUUCCGUCGUGGCCCCGACAGAGGCGGCGGAGCCUGGUCCAGUAGCAUCUGAGGAGGCCUCUGAGGCAGGUUUGGAAGGAGGGGGGGAUGCGAACGAGGAGGGGAGAUCCGGACGGAGGGAGGUGGAGGAGGAGUGGCUCGGCUCACGCGACUGGGACUGCAGUGAGACGCGAGGAGGUGCAGCCGGCUUCAGCGGUCGCGGUUUGGGUGGCUACGGCGGCGGUGGCGCACAUGCUGACGAUGACAUGGGAGAGCUGCUGGUGAGGAUAACGGAGGCGCCGCCGCCACAUAGGGUUGCCAUGACGGCGGCAGCGGCGGCGGUGGCAGAGGGGUCGCUGUGGCAACGGCGCAAUGUGAGGGCGGAGGCGGAGGUGGAGGCGAGGGCGAGGGCAGGGCCGCCAACGGAGCCACGCGGUGCGGUCCCCGCUGCUGCUGCGGCGGCACUGGGUCACACCGGUGCCGUCACACUGGACCGCAGCCGCCCUGGGGUGGUGGCAACAGCGGCGGCGUGGGAGGGCGACACUGGGGGUGGGGCAGCAGCAGUGGCAGAGGCGGAGGCGGUGGGAGCGGCUCCGGCCGCCCAUGCUGUCGCUGACGUCAUCGACGGCUGCGAGCACAGCGGCAGUACGCCAGCGGGUGCCGGGGUGGCGGAUACGGCCGUACGAGCGGUCGUACGGUCCAUCUUCCAUCGCGUAAUAAACCUCACCGGGUCGUCGUCACCAUGCGAGGCGUGCUGCGACUCAACGGCCGCUGCUGCGGUGCAGGCGACAGCAGCAGCAGUAGAGGGGCAACAGGCCGCAUCACGGUUGCCGCAUGAGGAGGAGGGCGAGGCGGCUGUGCGGGCGCUGGUGAGUUCCGUCUUCCGCUCAGUGGUAUCGGCCCGGCAGCAGGAAGAGGAGGAGGAGGAGGAGGGGGCAGCAGCAGCGGCAGGUACCGAGGAGGCAGAGACGGAAGCGGCCCUGGUACGGGCGAUGGUACGGCGGAUCUUUAGGUCUGUCGUACCAUCCACUGUACGGCAUUCCACUGUACGACAGGGGGAUGCAGGAGGACCAGCGGAGUGGGAGAUGGACGUCCCGGCGACUCUACCGGUGGCGGUGGCGGAGGCGGUGGGGGAGGAGGAUGUCGUACGGGUGGUGGUACAAGCGGUCUUCCGGAGGGUUUUCCUUGGCUGCCAGCAGCAGGGCACCUGGUGCGCUGGUGAAGAGGGAAGCAACAGCAGCUGUGGCGACGGCUGCAGGAGUAGCGGCCGACACGGCGGCGGCAGCAGCAGGAGCGCCGCAAGCAGGAAUGGCGAUGAGAAUUGCUCCAAACCUACUGGUGCUGCUGGUGGUGGUGGUGAUAAUGGUUAUGACCUAACUGUCGCCGGGGCCACGGCAGCGAGUACGGAGGCAGCAACGGCACCGCUGCCGUACACCAUAACGGUUCCGGUCCACAUUGCUGCUGAUGUGCCAGCAUCGCCGCUGCCGCCGGCGCCGUCGCCGUCUCAGCUGGCAAGGCCGCUAUCUCCGGCACCUUCACUGUCUCCUUCGUCCUGUUCUUCUUCGUCGUGCCGCUCCGCCUCCCCGCUGUCUCUCGACCCGGCUGCGCUGCUGGCGGACAUGAUUGCCAAUCUGAACCUGCUGGAGUGGCAGAAGGUGGAUGUGGACACGCGCCACUACCACGCGCACGCCGCCAUCGUGGUGCGCAGCCCCCACCGCUUCCAGUCGCACAUGCACAUCCUGGAGUACGCGGUACGGCAACUCAAGCAGUAGCAGCAGCAGUGGUACGGCAACUGGCAGUCCUACGGUAGUACAACACAGCGUUAUGGUAACUGAAAUUGUUACUGUAAUGGCAUUUUGGGACAGGGCGAAGGAACUGAUGAUGCAUCAGGGCAGGGACAAGGACACAAGGACGCGGGCCAGUUUUGCUAACACAUGUGGUUGGAUGGGUUUGUCGAGUUCAUCUUACGGUGCUUUACUCUCAAUCGCGUGUGUUCGUGGUUUGGGCCAGGCCUCAACCACCGACCCACCGACCCGGCAACCGCACUAGCCGCCGCUGGCACGAACCCACGCAUCCACACGACAUGUGUGUUUCGGUCGGUCGCGUUCUGCAGGAAAGGGCGGGCCUAAGUAGGUAGGCGGCGGCAUGGGCGGAAAUUACACGGGCGAGAUGGCUUUAGGAGUCGGGUUUGCUGGCAGGGUUUGCCGCGUUAACAGAAUGAUGAUGGUUUAUUUUUCGUUCCUAAUGCCCCAAUUUUGCCCCUUUGUAAUGGAAGUACGACGUGUACGACUACGCCGGUGUACGACAGUGUUUUUGUUUUUGUACAGCAUGGCUGAGGCACAUGGUACGCCUCAUGGUAACUCCGCGGCCCCUGUGAGGCCGUGGGCCCGCAUGGUCGCGUUAACCAAGUUAGUUUGGAGUGUAGGCAGUGUCAGCAGGGUGCGGUGUCAGGACUCCAGGACCAUCCAGGGUGACGGGAGGAAGCUGUAGUUCCUAGCCGCUGCUGUGUGCCUGACGCGGGCGCUGGAAACGGAAAACACGGGAAACAAGAGUGACGAGCCCUGGGAGCAAGAGGAUGGGAGGCCAACAACAACAGAACGCAGUGCUCGAUGCUGACUAUGUAGACUGGUGACGUGGUGAGAAGUCUGGAUGGUGGGUCCGUGCCGUGGAGGCGGGCGGGUCCAUACGAUAGGCCUAUCCCAGGGCCCAUGCGUCACCCGUGUUCCCUUGCUGGGAAGCACUGUAACGGCC